CUCUGAGUGGUAUACUAGAAGACUGCUGUUAGCAACAAAUUGUGAUGGGAAGCUUGCCCUGUAAGAGGAAACAGAUUGCUAAUCAGACAAGCCCACAACUGAACAUAAGGCAUAGCCAGAGCGAUAGCGUAAAUCUGCCAGUUACGAAUUCCCCCAUGAUUGUUGCAGUCAGUGAUUUUCCUUCUAGAGACACAGAGUCAGUACUAAGGAUGGGGGAACAGCUGAGUUUGCUAUCUGAAGAGGGUGAAUGGUGUCAAGUCAAGUCAGUAGCAACUGGCAAAGAAUGCUGUGUACCUAGUAACAACAUAGCUAAAAUUUCACACAGGUGGCUCUAUGAUGGGAUUGAUCGAGCAAAAGCUGAGGAAUUGUUACUGUUGCCUGUAAACCAGGAAGGUUCUUUCAUUGUAAGAAAGAGACAAGCGAAGAAAGGUUGCUACUCUUUAUCAAUCAGAUGCACAAACCAUGAAUCCUGGAAUUCUGUGAAACACUACCGCAUUAACUGCUUGGAGAACAAUUGGUUGUACAUCUCCCCCAGCCUUACUUUCCCAAGCUUGCAUGAACUGGUGGACUAUUAUUCUGAAAGUAGUGAUGGCUUAUGUUGCUGUUUGAAGAAACCGUGCUUCAUCCAAGGGGCUAGUUCCAGCUUGUUUCAUAAUCUUCCCAAACCUGUAGAAGCAAAAAAAUCUGCUCUCAACUGGCAACAGAUAAAGAGCUCAGACUUGUUGUCAGAAGAACCGCUAAGAGAAGAUUCUCCCAUCAGUCUUGGCUUGCGAGAAGCAGUUACUACUUACCUGUUUAUGACUGAAGACCUGUCAUUACAGGGCACACCAAACAGAAAAGGAAGGCAAACCAAAGAUACAUAAAGCAAAUAUUGGAAGUAUUUCUGGAAUAUGAAGCUUGAACACAAGUUCUGUUGAAUUUGUGGUAUUUUUAUCAAGUUGAUUCAAAGUGGUUAUCCUUAAAUCAGUGUUAUCAUAGUUAUACUUUUCAUCUUUUUCCAAGAUGCUUGGCUCAUUGAAAUACCGUAUGUUUGUGUGUGAAGUAUAUUUAUGUAUUUUCCCUACAGGUUUUACACUUGUUAAUUUGUAAUUGAUUAGUAAUGCAAAAAAGUGAAAUAUUCACAAUAAACCAAAUAAUUGUUUCACCAGGCUGUAAUGGAGCAUUGGAACAUUAAUGUCAACAGUUCAAGAAACAACAAAGGAAAGCAAGGAAAGAUGCUUUCUCUGAUCUGAGAGGAAGAAUGGUAGGAAUGGAGCUACCAAAGAUAGAAUGGAAAUGCAAGUGUUCUCUAUACAGUAUCCACACACAGCAUAUAAAAGACACACAAAAACCUAUGGCAGCUUUUGGUAGCACUCAUAAGCUGCAUAGUUUGUUUAAUGAAGCCACAAUGCAUUGGUUUUAUGUUAAAACUAAACAAACCUCAUAUUCACCACCUUGAGUUAUUUGUAAAAAUAAUAAAGGAGGAACACAAAUAAAAAUUUAAAAUAAAUUAUAGUGGAGUCAUUGAUGAUGUCUGAACUUGGUUGUUUACUUGCAAAUGUUUCACAACCUGAUUAGCACUGACCUUACUUAAUUGGUUAAUGAAAUGUCUACAAGCAAACAGCCAAGUUCAGAGAGCACCAAGAAAUCCAUAGUUCAAUUCUGAGUUACAUAUUUCCUCUUAUAUUGUAACUACUUUAUAGCCUGAACAAUCAGGAAAUUAGUUCAAAGGCCACAAAAAUAGAAGAGUUACUCUUAGUAUUGAACUUGUCUGGCUCCCAGUUUCCUACAUGGCAGAUUUCAGGAAUAUGGAACUGUGGAUCUUCCAGAUGUUGUUAAAUGAUAAUUCAGUGUCCCUAAGUACUGGCCAUGCUAAUUAGAAGUUCUAUCAGUUACAAUUUGUAACACUUUGAAAGUUACAUAUGUCUAAGUCCUGCUCUAUAGUUUUAAGAUUAUGUUCAACAUUAAAGGGA